AUGACCAUCUGCACUUACUAUCAGCAAGGCCGCUGUAGAUAUGGAGAUCGCUGCAGAUUUGAACAUCCGAGCCAAGCCACUACUGGCACAUCGGGAAACAGAUUCAGUGCCCUCUCUGGUUCCGGAUUUGGAGGUGAGUGUCAUUGCCUCUAUGGCGUGAAAGCUACAGACAUCCAACACGACUUGACAGAGGGUAAAGGUCGACCGAUGUGGAUCUUUUCUUCUUAUGCACCUGCGCGCAAUGUUCCCAGAAAUCUUUUUGGAGGUGAGCGCGAGCAAAGUAUGGAGGAGAUGCGUUUACGGCAUUAUGAACUUGCAGCCGCUGGCAAUAAGGACUUUGCCAUUCAAGAGGCUCAGGCAUUGUGGCAAGAGUCUAUCAAACAGAUUGAAUCUGCAUUAAACAAUAUUGAUGGCGCUGUCAAGUACAUCAACGAUGGUGGCCGUGAACAUCCCAACCGGAUCGACAUCACCACACGACCGAACCAGGCAGAGCAACCUGGAACCAAUCAGCCAUUUGCAUCUGGACAAUCCUCUACUCUAGGUCAGGGCCAGCAAGGUUCGGCGUUCGGGCAGCCAUCCACGCUAGGCCAAGGUUCUGCCUUCGGCCAGCCGUCAAACUUGGGGGCUCAAAAUCCUGCAUUUGGCAUAUCGGCAUUUGGCCAAGCCGGAAAAACUCAACCUGGCUUGGGUAUGGGGAGCGGUUUCAAUCAGCCGACGGGCUCGGCAGGAAGUGCAUUCGGUGCGCCGUCGGCUUCAUCUCCAUUCGCCCAAAUUUCACAAAAUAAUACCGGGCAAGGAUUUGGUGCUCCUGCCCAAAAUCCCUUCGGGCAGGCACCUGCAACGUUUGGCCAGCCGAGCCAAACCGCAAGUCCAUUUGGACAAGUUCAACAGCAGCAGCCACAACAGCCAAAUACUAAUAAUUUCGGCCAACCAUCUGCGCCAGCCAACCCAUUUGGCGCUGCUCCAUCUGCUGCCGCUCCAUCUGUGCCCUUUGGCCAAUCACCCGCUCAGCAGGAUGGACCGGCGAGAGCUAGCAUCGGACCUCGUGCCUGGAUCAAACUCGACAAUCCCAACGAGCUAAAUCCUCUUCCUGGCCUGCAGGGCGAAACCCGUCGCGACCCUGCCUCCAAUCGCCUUAUAUUAUGGAAGGGACGCCCGGUACAAUACAUCAAUAAUGCGCCCUGUUAUCUGCACCCACAAGACAACAAGACCCCUGUUCGCAUAAACUUUCCAGACGGACCCCCUGAAAAAUUCAGUCUUCGUGAUUCCCAGGGCAAGGCCGAGGAAUACACAGCUGAGGUCGAAGAGAUGUACCAGUUCUUCCUGAACAAUGGCUUCUUCAAAGAUGGGGUGGUUCCAGCUGUGCCACCCAAAGAGGGCCUAAUAAGUUUUGACUUCUAA